AUGGCUUCUAUCUACCGAGACCAGAAGCUUUUAGAUGCUUUCAAAGACAUACCCGGCGACACUAAGGCUUCUGAUGUUUCUACCGUUGACGUCCUGGAUUGGAACCAGGAGGCUCGUUUCUACAGAUUAAUCUCUCACAAAGUCACAGUGCCUGAGCUAGCCCAGUUGCCCGUCCCCUUUCUGCGGAUCAUAUUCUCAUCACUAGACCUUCCAAACAGUGGCUCUAUGGACAAAUUCAGAUGGAUUUUCGAUCAUUAUUCUGUCCCGUCUGCAUUCCUCGCAGGAAGAUUGCGGUGCCGCUUAGCAAUCUCUUUCCGUCCUCUCGUUGCUGACGUACAUUUCUAUAUAGGCGCAUGGUUCCACUAUCUAUGUAAGAACGUGACCGUCGCUCACGAUUUCCACGGGAAAGCCGCAAUAUCCGACCCCAGACCAGGAGCAAUGCGACUAGAGCACGGUGACUCAACAUGGAUACGGUCGGGAUAUUUUAUUCGGUGGAAAUUAAACUUGAAUCAUGAUCCAGAAGUGACGCUUCUUUGUUUCGGCGCAUCACAUUGUCUCAAAGAACGGCUUCAACAAAUUCCAACGUCUUCGAUACCAAAUAGCCUCGCCCUGGACCCUUACAGUCUAUUUGCCAUCAUCCUGGAGGAGCUUUCUUUGCAAAUGGACAACACUGUCUGGGACGUGAUGGAUGUGUUUCGAGAUAUUGAGCUGAAUACUUUGACCACUACGAGGGGGAGUGAAUCUUUCACCGGGCUACACAAUGUCUCUAAGCAUAUAUUAUUUCUUCAAGAGAGCUCUGAGGCCGCAAUGCUUACUCUGAAAAGUAUGAUGUGCCAUCAUCAACGCAUUUUGGACACGGUUUCUUCGUCGAGUCACCAAGCCACCCAAGCAGCACAGGGAAUGCUGGCACACACUGAGACUCAAUUCCAAUCUAUCGGUCUGCGCUUACAGAGUCUUGAAAAACGGAUGGCAAAUAUUAUUGCACUGUCUUUCCACCUCGUUACACAAGACGGUAAUCGAAUCAUGCAAGAAGAUAGCAGCUCUAUGGCCACUAUUGCAUUCGUGACAUUAGUAUUUCUACCAAUGUCAACAGUAUCUACUGUUUUUGGAAGCCAAUUCUUCAACUUCGACCCAUAUUUGGUGCGCAUCUCCCAGAGCUUCUGGAUAUUCUGGCUAGUUUCAAUUCCACUAACUUUGGUGGUUCUGCUCUUCUGGCGUGUUUCCAUCGGCAGGGUGCAGUUACCCGAGACCUGGGAUAUUCUGAAAGUAUGGAAACGGAGGUGUAAAUGCUGA